AUGCCUGGAGCCAGUGGGGUCAACGGGGAGGGGUCGUGUGAGGCCCUGUGUCGAACCCUGGUGUCUCAGAACGGCCACCAGAGAGAGACGGCAGACAUCUCCCAGUCCGUCCUCUACACCUCCCUGAUGGGCUUGCUCCUGGUCGCUGACAACGAGAAAGAGAAGGUCACCUUAGGAAGUGGGAGGAUCGGUCUAAGAAACAUAGGAAACACAUGUUUCCUGAACGCAGUCGUCCAGUGUUUGUCUCACACAUGUGGCCUCAGGGACUACUGCCUACUCAAGUCCCACAGGCAAGAGAAGUUCUCCAAAGAGGAGGCGAGGCUCAUGGAGGCAUUCUCUGAGCUGCUGUCAGGCCUUUGGGUGGCAAAUGAAGAAGACAUAGUCGUAAAUCCACGACAGUUUUACAAUAUUUUCAAAGAAGCGGUGCCUUAUUUCAGUGGAUACAGUCAACAGGAUGCUCAGGAGUUUCUCAGGUUCCUGUUGGACAAACUUCACACAGAAAUCAACCGCAGGCCGUACGUCCGACGAGCAGGAAAGGACCCCGAGCAAAAAUAUGCCAGAAUUAGACUUUCAGAAGAGGCAGUUGCCAUGUGGAAGACGCACUUAGAGAGAGAUGACAGCAGAAUAGUAGACCUGUUCUCGGGCCAGCUGCGGAGCUCGCUGCACUGCUCGGUGUGCUCGCACUACUCCAACACCUUCGAUGUGUUCUGUGAUCUGUCGCUGCCCCUCCCCAAGAGGAGCAUUGCCGGGGUGGUCACGCUGAAGGAGUGCCUGGAUCUCUUCUCUCAGGAGGAGAAACUGGACAAGGAGAAUUCACCAAUGUGUGAGAGGUGUAACAGGCGUACAGAGUGCACCAAGCGACUGUCCAUCCAGAGGUUUCCCCAGGUUAUUGUGAUCCAUCUGAAUCGUUUUACGACUUCCCGGUGGUCUAUCAGUAAAAGCACAGUAUACGUCUCCUUCCCACUCGCUAACUUGGACCUCAGACCCUACGGACCCGUCGACUGUGGCCCAGUUCUGUAUGAUCUAUAUGCAAUAUGUAAUCACACUGGGACGGUGAACAUGGGGCACUACACAGCCUGCUGUUCAGAUGGAAAUGGUUGGUGCUUCUACAAUGACUCCAGUGUGACUCCAGUGUCAGAGAACCAGCUACAGACCAAUCAAGCCUACGUGCUGUUCUACCAGCGCAGCAAAAGCUCCGCCACCAUCAGGAAAUAGGCCUCAGACUGGCUGAGUCCUGCAGCCAAUCAGAGCGACUUUACCUCCAGUGUCCAUAGAAACAAAUAAAGGCAGCAGUGCUGUAUCUCUGGCAUCUGUGAACUUCUCAAUCUCAGUGAUGCAUGCCCUAGAAUAAACUCUGGCGAGGAGGAGGAGGAGGAGGAGGAGGAGGAGGAGGAGAGAGGCCGUGUCCAAUGUACAGCCGAUGCUUUUAAAGUGUCAGCGCAGAUAGACUGUAGCCUGAAGAGUUUCUGUGACCCGGUUCUCAGGCAGCAGUGCACAGCUGUGUGCAUACACAUGCUCUUAAAGUAAAAUUAAUAUGAUUCAUGCUUGCUACCAUAAACAGCCCCCCCCCCCCUCCAAUCCAAAAUGUUUUCGGCUAUAUUUUUGUAUCUUAAUCUCCUAGAUGGACAGUUUACCCUGAUAGUUUAAAAUAUUAAAAUGAGCUAUAUUUUCCUCCUCAAAUGAAUUAUAUUUUUCAUGUAUGUAUAUGUAUAUUUUAUAUUUUUUACGUUUGCUUCUACUAAUCAAAUACAUUUACACAAAUAUAAUGUAAAUAUUCGUACAUAUUGUAUUUAUUGGAUUACAGAUUUUUUUUAAGUCAAUAAA